AUGCGGUAUAUGGGUCGAGGAGGAUGGCUCGACUCUCGUCAUCUGGACUCAGCAUGGGUCAAAGUUCACCUCCAUGACCUCAACGAUAACCCCCCGAAAUUCAGCCGCCAUCACGCCCACGUCACUGUCAGGGAAGACACGAAACCGGGGACGCUAUUAGCCACCUUAACCGCCCACGAUCCUGACAUGGGAGGCAAACAAGCCGUCCGAUACCACGUCGUGGGUGGAUGGGGCGCCCUUGCAGUCGACCAGACGGGCGCCGUGUCUCUCUGGAGGUCCCUGGAUAGGGAGGCUAAAGAUGGCACGAUCGGAACGGCCAAAAUCAUAGCCGUCGACAGCGGCCAUCCGCCUCUGACUUCCACGGCGACUCUGACCAUUUCCGUCACGGACGUGAACGACUGCCCCCCACGUCUGCUGCACCCGACGGUCUUCCACGUGCUGGAGAACACGCCCCCCGCCCUCCUCGGGGUGCUCACGGCUACGGACCAGGACGUCUGGGCGCUGGGUCACGGCCCGCCCUUCAACCUGUCUCUCGCGUCGUCUAAUCUGCCAGAUGUCACGUCUCGGGUUGACGUCAGGUUCAUUUCCUAUUUGGACAGCGGCCGAGGAGGAGCCGAAGUGUGGACGAAGGAGCCACUCGAUCGUGAACAGCAUCGAGAACUGUCAGUAGGAAUCCUCCUCACGGAUGCUGGAGGAUUAUCCGUCACCCAGAACAUCAGGAUAAUUGUGGAUGACGUUAAUGACAACCAGAUGAAGCCCGCAUCCAAAACUGUUUACCUGUGGCAAAAGCCCAGGUACGAGCUACAGUUCGCUGUGACUGACGAAUUCUGGGGUCAGCGUUUGGUCCCGGCAAACGUCACGGUAAUUGUUCGCCAGCUGACCCAAGAAGCCCUCGCUCAUUCUACGCCCAUCAUCCUGACGCCCACCACUCCCAGGAAACUCACAUCUGGGUGGGCCCCGGUGGAUUACCGGAGGAAUAAUCUUGAUGAAGGAAAUGAAAGGAGGUGGAAUCUUGGGACGGUUAAUAGAGCUGUGAGCGAAGCAGUUAAAGAGGAAGUGAAGAAUAUAGGAGUGACCAGGGUGUUUUACGACUUCACGGACCAAACGACGCCAUUCCGAGCCCCAAAUCCUUCAGCACGGUUGCGUCUUUCCCUUCCUCGUCUUCACUGUAUUCAUCCUGGCACGCACCUCCCCGUGGCCUCUGUCCCCAUCCGUCGACGUGGCGUCUGGCUCAGCGUCAAGGAGAAUGGCGGGCACUUCAUGAAAUCCCGUCAAACUGCAGGGGAUUCUUGGUCUUCAUUCGAUCAGCCCUAG